CUCCACACUCCGUGAUAUAACAAAGUGUUUUACAGUGUAAUCACUUAUUCGUGAGAUAUUUCUUUAAACACUCUGGGGACCAGCUGCUCCGACAAACAUAUAGCCUAAAUUUCCGGGUGUUUUUGGAGCGAUUGAAAAAUAUUCAAAGCGAUCAAUAUUACAUCUAAUAUAUUGAUAACGGUUUCGUAUCAUUCAAGCAUAUAAUGUAAUGUAAAAACAUUUUCAUAACAUUUCGUUUAUAGCAUCCAUUGCUUUUUUCACUAUUUUAUUUAACAGUAGUUAAAAUUUUUAUAGAAUACCGCAUGAAGUAUAAAAGACGCGAAUUUGUAUCUCUGGUCCCCAGAGUAUUAAUUCUGUUGUGCUUAUUUUUGUGCGAACUAAUUGAAGUGACAUGGUGUGGCAUUAACUGAUUGUGACGUGCAUAUUGUUGCUUUAUUAUUUCAAUUUUGAUUGUAGGUUAGCACUUUACGUCGGAGUUGACAGACUUUUGCACUUUUGUUCAUUAUUACGAUUCGUUAUUCGCGAAAUAUUCUAUAAGCGAUUCGUUGUCAUCUCAUUUGCGUAGUUUUCUGAUCAUGAGCGCAGCAGAACCGAUGACCUCUGUUUCCAGCCCGGUCGUACAGUGUAAAAAACCCAAACAGAAAAGGAAAAGGCUGAAUAAGAACCGUUCGAGGAAGCGCGGGCGCUGUGCAGGGAUGAGGUUCCAGGAACAAAAGAAAAGAACGUGUAUGUUGAAGGAAGUCGUGCCCGCCUUCCUCAGCACAACGAAUCCUGCGUCAACGCAGCGGUCCAGCAGUCCUCCUCUCGUUGACUUUACGUUGCCAGAGGAAGAUACUGCGGAGCUCUCGCCGUGCCCGUCCCCUGUUGAAUUGCUCGUGACGGACCAUUGUGCCAAAGUCUGGUUAUCUUCGAAGAUUCCGGUCGAAAUUUUGAAUGCGCACGUACGUCAUCAUAUUUCCGGGGCAGGAGGGGUUUCGCCCAUCGUACGGUCCUGGUGCAUGGAUGUCUUUCAUCAGAUGUAUCUCGUCGAAGAUUUUCCUGAUGUGCCUUCUUAUGAUUUCAAUAUUCAUCGUUUAAAUUCUGAUUCUACAUUGUAGUGUAUAUACAUAUACAUAUAUUUGUUAUUAUAUAUUGUUAUGGCUCGCGUUGAUCGCAAGCCAUGAUAUAUCCCUAUCUGAUCUAAAGUCACGGCUCAUGUUAAUCGCUAGACGUGACAUCAACCAAAAGAUGGAAAGUAAGAACAAGAGCCAUAAAUUUCACCCAUGUUCAUCGGUGAUCUCCCUAUUCAUCUCUACUUGUAAGUUAAACUAUUUUUAUAUGAUGCGUAACAACAAAAUUUUAAACGUCUUCAAUUUUUUUAUUAUCGUAUUCAUUAAUGAUAAAUAAAUAUAAAUUAUAAUUUGAAUAAAAAUAAAUAAAAAAAUUAGAAAAAUUUGGUGCAGAUUUUUACAUAUUUUAAAACAAUAAAUAAAAUUAUAAAACUAGAUUCCAACAACACGUAAAAUAGGAUUACAACUAGUAAUUAAAAUAAGAUUCCGGAAAUUAGCUGGAAAGUGGAUUGGUUGCGACUAUGCAAGUAAAACCUUAUUAUCAUCGAGUAAGAACAAGUCAGUAACCAAUGAUUAAAGCGAUCCCAAGUACCAUGUGGUUGUACUACCCGCUCCCCAGAAGUGGCUUCACACCCAUCGCCUUAAGGUUUAUGCUCUAUCCCUAUAUUUCUAUGUCCAUAUCAUAGAUGCAUAUCACGACUCAAUUUUCAGACGAUUUUCCCUAGGCUUCGGUAUACGAGCGUCAAGACCUGUUUAUAUGAUCGUGGUAUACACACCAUACACUGUGGCCCAGACUCGUUCGUACAUCUAGUAACUAAUUCUAGUAAUAACAUUUAAACGAUAAGGAAUAUAGUAAUUUAGUAUGAAUUUAAAUAUUUGUAUAAUUUUGAAAUAAAAACCCAAUGAUUGUGAAAGGUUAAUUACAUGCAAUAGAUCAUAUGAAAAAUUACAAUAUUAUUAAUAAAGAUGUAUUAAAAA